AUGUACCAGUCGUAUCUCUCUUGUUACUUUCACAAGCGUUUGGAACUACUUCGACAGGAUGACGAGCCAGACGAGCGCGCAUCUCCUCAUGUGGCGAAGAAGGCAGAGCGCAAGAGACGGGCCACCGCAGACCACGACGACGAAUCAGACGAGCGCGCGUCCCUUCACGCAGUAAAGAAGGCUAGACGAGCGCGCAUCUCUAGACGCGGCGAAGACCAAGCGCAAGAAACGGCCACUGCAGACUACGACGACGAGCCAGACGAGCGCGUGUCUCCUCACGCGGCAAAGGCAAAGACCAAGAAGCGGGUCUCUACAGCCGUUGACAGCAACAUCGAUGAGCACUCUUCCUCUCGCGCGACGAAGAAAAAGGCCAGGACCAAGAGGCUCGUCACUGCAGACACCGACAGCAGCGUCGAUGAGCAACCCCCCCUCCGCCCUGCGAAGGCCAAGAGGCGAGCUACCACGGACGCCGACAGCAGCGUGGAUGUGCAACCCCCCCUCCGCCCUGCGAAGGCCAAGGCCAAUGCCAAGGCCAAGUCGAAGAGGCGCGACACCGCGGACGCCGACAGCAGCGUGGAUGGGCAACCCCCCCUCCGUCCUGCGAAGGCCAAGGCCAAGGCCAAGUCGAAGAGGUGCGACACCGCGGACACCGACUCCAACUCUGACGACAGCAUCAGCACACAGGAUGGCACAGGCUUCCCGCAUGGCAUCGACUCCAUCGCCAAAAGAAAAAGAAAGGAGAAGAAGGAAGCCAAAAAAACCAAAGAAGCUAGAGGUCGCAUGACACGCAGAGUACAGGGUCUUUGGGAAUUGCCCAACUCCGCAGCCAAACCACCAACCCAGGCUCCCCUCCGUAAAGCAACAUACGAAUACCUUCUACCCCUCCUUACAAAAGAACCUAAAACAAUACCACCAUUAGGGGAACUACCAAACGCUUGCCAUAAAGCCAGACUUGACCUCGUAUACGAUACUGCCUUUCGCCAAAGUAUGGAAGUUUGGGCUUCUAAGAGACUACGCUUUGAGUUCUCUGAUCUUCUCCCGUGGGAUUAA